UUCCCGCCCGCCCACUUGCCCGAGUGCCGGGCGGAUUGAAUGAGCGGCCCUUCGUCGCCGCUGCUGCUGCUGCUACAGCCGUCAUCAUGUCGGGCACUCCUCGCAGCUCCGGCUUGCCGCCCGGCUCCUUGCCCUCGACGCCGCUCUCCCCGACGCGCAUCUCGCGGCUGCAGGAGAAAGAGGACCUGAGAGAGCUCAACGACCGCCUGGCCCACUACAUCGAGCGCGUGCGCGCCCUCGAGUUCGAGAACGACCGCUUGCUCUUGCGCGUCUCCGAGAAGGAGGAGGUGGUCACGCGCGAGGUGACUGGGAUCAAGGCCCUCUAUGAGUCGGAGUUGGCAGAUGCCCGUAGAGUUCUGGAUGAGACGGCAAGAGAGAGGGCAAAGCUCCAGAUUGAAAUAGGAAAACUGAGAUCAGAGCUUGAUGAACUCAAUAAGAGCUAUAAAAAGAAGGAUGGCGAGUGGUCCACGUCUCAGGGUCGCAUCAAAGAGCUCGAAGUCCUCUUCCAUAGAAGCGAAGCGGAGCUCACGGCCACCCUGACUGAGAAGCGCAACCUGGAGGCAGAGGUGGCAGAUCUGCGUUCCCAGCUGGCUAAGUCUGAAGAUGCCCAUGCGGUGGCCAAGAAGCAGCUGGAGAAGGAGACGCUGAUGAGGGUGGACCUGGAGAAUCGCUGCCAGAGUCUGCAGGAGGAGCUUGACUUCAGGAAGAGCAUUUUUGAGGAGGAAGUGAGGGAGACCCGGAAGUGGCACGAGCGCCAGCUGGUGGAAGUAGACAGCGGCCACCAGCAUGAGUACCAGUCCAAGAUGGCCCAGGCCCUGGAGGACUUGCGCAGCCAGCAUGACGAGCAGGUCCGGCUCUACAAGCUGGAGUUGGAGCAGACCUACCAGGCCAAGCUGGAGAAUGCCAAGCUCUCCUCCGAUCAAAACGACAAGGCUGCCAGCGCCGCACGGGAAGAACUGAAGGAGGCUCGCGUGAGGAUAGAUUCUCUCAGCUACCAGCUUUCCGGGCUGCAAAAGCAGGCUAAUGCUGCAGAAGAACGGAUCCGGGAGCUGGAAGAGCUGAUGGCCAACGAGCGCGAGAAGUUCAGGAAGAUGCUGGAUGCCAAGGAGAGAGAGAUGAUGGAAAUGCGGGACCAGAUGCAGCAGCAGCUCUUGGAGUACCAGGAGCUCUUGGACGUCAAGCUGGCCCUGGACAUGGAGAUCAGUGCUUACCGGAAGCUCCUGGAAGGAGAAGAGGAGAGGUUGAAGCUGUCUCCUAGCCCUCCGUCCCACAUCACCCGUUCCCGGGCCACCUCCAGCAGCAGCAGCAGCACUCCCAUGGCUCGCUCCUCCCGGGGGAAGCGCAAGCGGAUCGAGACGGAGGAGCUCUCCCGCAGCGGCUCCAGUGGGAUCGGGACCGGGAGCAGCAGCAGCACCUCCAGCAGUGCCUUCCAAGUGUCCCAGCAGGCCUCAGCCAAAGGGAGCAUCAGCAUCGAGGACAUAGACCCGGAAGGGAAAUACGUUCAGCUGAAGAACCGCUCCGACAAGGACCAGUCUCUUGGUAACUGGAGACUGAAGAGGAGGAUUGGAGACGGGGAAGAGAUUGCUUACAAGUUUACUCCAAAGUAUGUCCUCCGGGCCGGACAGACUGUCACGAUCUGGGCUGCCGAUGCUGGAGUGGCCCACAGUCCGCCAUCGGUCCUUGUGUGGAAAAGCCAGGGGAGCUGGGGCACCGGAGCUAACAUCCGCACGUACCUGGUGAACUCUGAUGGAGAGGAAGUGGCUGUGAGGAGCUUGACACAGUCCAGUGUCCUGCGUGAGAACGAGGAAGAAGAUGAAGCGGAGUUUGGAGAGGAAGACCUCUUUCACCAGCAGGGGGAUCCCAGGACGACCUCCAGAGGGUGCACAGUCAUGUGAAAGGAAACACCUUUGUUAGCCGUUUUUCUUCUUUCCUCUUUUCAUUUGCUCUUUUUAUUUGUUGUUGUUUUUUGUCCAGAGCCACUGAAAACUAUUUUUAUAUAUCUCAUAAGGUUUUUUUUUUUAAAAAAAGCGGAAUUGUUUCUGUGGUCUUAAUUUUUAAAAAAAAUGUUAAUUGGCCAGAACUGCUGUGGUUCCCAGAGUUUUUCUCUUCCUUCGUCUCUUCCCCCCCCCCCUUUCCCCAUUUUCCAGACCUUCCAUAUUUUACCUAGAAGCCAGAAGAUCCCAUAAGCGCAUGCUCAUGCUGUGCCGCUUAAGCCCGGCAAUGAAUGGAUGCUUCAGCAUCCCCCACGUCUCUUUGCCUGCGGCUCUUUUGCUGUGUUCGGCUACGCAUACCCAAAGUGUGUGGCAUAAUCAGGCACUUGUGCUGGAUCGGGCCCAGGGUCUCUCUAUUCCAGCCUUCCAUCUCUCUAGCCCCGGCCAGCCAGGCACUUUGAGGGAAGAGACUGAUAGGAACUCUGUGCAAACCAACACUGCGGAAGUGGCGUGUCUAAGAUAAGCAGGUGGGUCUCUCACCCUGAAGCUGUUGCUUUCUGUUGGUGCCCUCGUCCUGCAAGAUGCAACACUGAUUGAAGAUGCCGUAGUUCUUCAACAGGUAAACCCUGAUGCCCGUGUCUCACAAGAAGAACCUACCUGCCACGUGUGUGUGUGUGUGUGUGUCUGGCUCAGGCCUGAAUAGAUUCCCUUGACAAAAAUCAACUAUAUUGUUACCUGUUGCAUAACUUCUGUACCUUACCAGUGCUGCGAUUUUCAUCAUUCUGGGUGCCCCCCC